UGUCCAAAUAGUUCCUGUGAUAUUGGGUGAUGGUGAUGACAUUCAAAGGUCAUGACCUCCUUUCUCUCCCCUAUUUAUUUCAACUUGAAUAGCACUCUCCAUAUUUCCCAUCACACAAACACACAUAACUAGGAAGUGACCAGCCAUUUCAUUUUUUUUUCUUUCAUCUCUUGUUAGGGCCAUGGUCAUGGCUGAGAGACAGAUCUUAGUUAUUCCCACGGUCGUCUUCGUGUUGUUGGCUGUGGUGUUCUCUAGUGCUAUUUGCCACGCAGUAAACACAGCAGCAAAAGCAGAAGAAGAAGCUGAUAGGAUAGGUUCACUUCCUGGCCAACCUAAAGUUUCCUUCCAGCAGUUCUCUGGAUAUGUUACUGUUGAAGAAGUUGCUGGUAGAGCUCUCUUUUACUGGCUCACUGAGGCUGCUGUUGACCCCUUGUCUAAACCUUUGGUUGUAUGGCUCAAUGGAGGUCCUGGUUGCUCUUCUGUGGCCUAUGGGGCGUCAGAGGAAAUAGGCCCAUUUAGAAUAAACAAGACAGCCUCAGGUUUAUAUCUUAACAAGUUCUCCUGGAAUACUGUGGCCAACCUCUUGUUCCUGGAAGCUCCUGCUGGUGUUGGUUUCUCUUACAGCAACCGCUCCUCUGAUUUGCUAGAUACCGGGGAUAUUCGCACUGCAAAGGACUCCCUGGAAUUCCUGGUUCGAUGGAUGAAUCGAUUCCCACGAUACAAACACCAUCAAGUGUAUCUUACUGGAGAGAGUUAUGCAGGGCAUUAUGUUCCUCAGCUGGCUAGAGAAAUCAUGAUGUACAAUAAAAAGUCUAAGCAUCCAAUAAAUCUCAAAGGAAUUAUGGUGGGGAAUGCAGUAACAGACAACUACUACGACAACCUUGGAACAGUGACUUACUGGUGGAGUCAUGCAAUGAUCUCUGAUAAGACAUAUCAGCAACUCAUUAACACAUGCGAUUUUCGCAGGCAAAAAGAAUCAGAUGAAUGUGAAUCAUUAUAUAGUUAUGCUAUGGAUCAAGAAUUUGGCAACAUUGACCAGUACAACAUUUAUGCACCCCCUUGUAACAAGUCUGAUGGUAGCACUUUUACUCCACAAAGUAUUCGAUUGCCGCACCGUCCUCAUAAGAUUCUCAGGCAGUUAUCUGGCUAUGAUCCUUGCACUGAAAAAUACGCUGAGAUUUAUUACAAUAGGCCUGAUGUUCAAAAAGCACUCCAUGCCAAUCUAACCAAAAUUCCUUACAAGUGGACUGCUUGCAGUGAGCUUCUGAAUCGAAACUGGAAUGAUACAGAAGUUUCCAUUCUCCCAAUUUACAAACAAAUGAUUGCUGGUGGCCUGAGGGUUUGGGUAUUCAGUGGGGACAUAGACUCAGUUGUGCCAGUUACUGCAACAAGAUACGCCCUUGCACGGCUUAAAUUAGCAACAAAAAUUCCAUGGUAUCCAUGGUAUGUUAAGAAGCAGGUGGGAGGUUGGACAGAGGUAUAUGCAGGGCUAACAUUUGCAACAGUGAGAGGAGCUGGUCAUGAAGUGCCUCUUUUCAAGCCCAGAGCUGCCCUGCAGCUAUUCAAAUCAUUCUUGAAAGGAGAGCCCCUUCCCAAAUCUUGAAAGAAAAGAGAAGAAAAACUCCCCAAAUUUAUUUAACAAGUUUCUUCUGUUCUGUUAAUUUUUAUUGCUGUUAUAGACAAAAGGGCUGUCUCAUUCUUAACCAUUGAAAGAAAUUAGUAGGAAGAAAUUAAGAGAUUGUAAUUAUGCGUUA